UCAAUGUCACGUUAGUUGCGCAACAAGCCGUGCGCGGGCGGCGGCGGCACUCGCGCGGCGGUCUGCGCGCCACGUCCCCGUGGACCGAUAAACAAAUGCCACAGCCGCUUAUCACUUGCAUUUAUCACUGACCUCUUACUCAAAUCUGAUAAAUUAUUGUAGUAACAAAGUUGUUUCAUGUAGUUCGCGUGUGCGCUCGCGUCCCGGACACGAUGUUGCUUCUAGUAGUGCUGGUGGUGCUGGUGCUGUUGAUCUCAGUGAAGGUGUACCAGAAGCUGACAUGCGGCAUGUGCCGGUCGUCGGCGCACAUGGUGGGGAAAACCGUGAUAGUGACGGGCGGUAACUGCGGGCUCGGGUUAGAAGUGGCGCGCGACCUGGCGCAGCGCGGUGCGCGGGUGAUCCUCGCGUGCCGGAGCGUGCGGCGCGGCGCGGCGGCGCGGGACCAGCUGGCGCGCGAGACCGGCGGCGACGUGCAGCUGCGACAGCUCGACCUGGCUUCUCUCCGCUCCGUGCGCGAGUUCGCCGCGCACAUCCUCGCCACGGAGCCGCGCCUGGAUGUCCUCAUCAACAACGCGGGCGCCGGCGGGCUCGGCAACUCCACCACGGCUGACGACCUCCACAUCGGCAUGCAGGUCAACUACUUCGGCCCCUUCCUCCUCACCUGCCUCCUCGCGCCGCUGCUCAAAAAAUCCGCCCCGAGCCGCAUCGUCAACGUCUCCUCCAUGAUCCACAAGUACGGAGAAAUGGACUUUGAAAAUCUCAACAUGGAGAAGUACUGGAGCGACCACCUCGUGUAUGCGAAUAGCAAGUUGUUUUUGAAUUUGAUGACGUUGGAGCUGAGCAAGCGGCUCGAGGGGACGGGGGUGACGGUGAACGCUCUGCACCCAGGGAUGGCUUCGACGAAUAUAUUUAGGAGGAUUCCUAGUACAAUAAUUAGGACGAUGGUGGAGUUUGGGAUCGGGUUCCUGUUCCAGACCCCGCGGGAGGCGGCGCAGACCACGCUGCACCUGGCCGUGUCGCCGGCGGUGGCGGGCGUCUCGGGCCGGUACUUCGCCGACUGCCGCGAGGCGAGACCCUCCAAGAUGUCCCUCAACGAGGAAGCGGCUAAGAGACUCUUUAGUGAAUCCGAAAGACUAGUCAAAUACACUCUACCUAAGCUCUGACGGCGCGUGAACUCAAAUAAACAAUGCUAAUUAAAUGUAAAUAAAUUCUCUAGGAUGUGAAUACA